UCGAGUCUCCAGUCACUCGGGGAAAGCGCCACGUUCAGUUAUGCACUCGCUCAACCUCUUCGGCUUCUCACUCGCAAAAACUGAUAAUAAUAACAAAUUGUUAUUAACAAUCCAAAGAUUAAUUUAAGGAAGCAUUUUGGAAAAGUUAUUUAAUUCAUUUCACGCAGAAUAUCACGCACUUACUCAACUGAAAUGAGAAGGAACUUGCAUAAGUAAUUCACGGCCUUAAUUAGCCUGACGUGGAGAUAACGGCUUUCUCCUGGAUUUGUUUACUAUGCAAUUUCAAACUUGUUGCAUAUUGGAGGUUUGAAAUUUAAAUUGACGAACUGUGCCUUGUACGGACUGACUACUGGCGACUACCAAUAAUUUCAACGAUGAACGAUUCGUCGCGUUUGUUCCUCCUACAAUUGCGGAGGAUCAUUAUUGGUUCCGCUUCCACGGCUGGAUCUUACAAAAGGAUUUAUUAUCAAAGGAUCUCGGCGUUAAAUAUACUGCUCCAGAAACAAAAAUUAUUCGACGUAAAUUAUUCUGGGGUGACACCAGCCGGCAAGUUUCUUAAUAAACCUGGGUCCCUUUUAGCACCCGUCGCACUACAUCAGCUUAGCAAGAGUUAUAGACGAAGACUUUCUUCUUUGAAUGGACUGUUGCAUAAACAGAAACUCUUUCAUGUAGGAGACCAACAGGACAAAUCAACUCCAAAGUUUUACAAAGCCACCAGCGUCCUGUCCUCAGUUUCGGGGAAUGAGACCAAGUCAACUACAAAAUCCUGUGAGAAUGACAAAGUUUCGCCGCAAUCAGCUGCCCUUCGAGGAAGCACUGAUGCUGGGACGAUUGCUGAUUCAACGUCAACGCCACCUGACUCCUCCACAUCCUCGACCACAACUACUACAGAAAAUAUUUGGACCAUACCGAACGUCUUAUCAUUUAUGAGAAUCGGUAUGGCACCCGUGGUGGCGUAUAUGAUUCUUAACAAUCAAUUUGGACCAGCUUUAGGAGUUUUCGCUGUGGCAGGUGUGUCUGAUUUGUUAGAUGGAUGGAUCGCUCGAGUAGUACCUGGUCAAGCUACCGUCAUGGGCUCGUUUUUGGACCCCAUGGCCGAUAAAAUAUUGGUGGGCACACUCUUCUUGUCUUUGACUUACGUGGAUUUGAUUCCAGUGCUGCUGACUGGUUUGAUCAUUGGGAGAGAUGCCAUCCUUAUCGCGUUUGGCUUCUACAUCCGGUAUCAAUCUUUGGAUCCACCUCGAACGCUCCAACGGUACUUUAAUGUUACUUAUCCUACUGCUCAACUUGCUCCGACAUUGAUUUCGAAAAUAAACACGGGCGUGCAACUUGGGCUGGUUGGUGCUACGAUCGUGUCUGCCUCUGCAGUGCUUCCCUAUGACGUCCAUCCCUUCCUCGAAUUUCUCUGGUACUUUACAGCCACCACUACCGUGGUUUCUGCUGUUGGUUAUCUCUUUGCCAAAGAUACGGUGAAAUUAUUAAGAAAGUCAUAUCCGAAUAAACCAAAGUGAUUAUUUGUAGGCCAGGUGAAGAACAUUGUAUGUACUCGUAUACGUAGUAAUAAAUAAGUAUAUUUCCGUAUGAUAAUGUCAUUAAGAGAGAACUUCCAAUAAUAAACGCACUUGAAAUGACUCAAUUAAA